AUGGAGCCGUUGGCCAUCGUCGGAAUGGCCUGCCGCUUCCCGGGUGAUGCGUCAACGGUGGAGAAGUUCUGGGACAUGCUCAUCAAGGGGCAGACAGGACAUUCUAAGGUCCCUAAAGACCGAUAUGACGCUGAGGCAUGGUACCACCCUCACCACGAGAGACGAGGAGCGAUACAGCCUCGAAGCGGCUUCUUCUUGCAAGAAAGCGCAGCAGGAUUUGAUGCGCCUUUCUUCUCUAUCACAGCAAAGGAGGCGGCGGGAAUGGACCCUAUGCAGCGUAAGCUACUCGAGGUGGCUUAUGAGGCGUUCGAGAACGCGGGAAUGCCGAUGGAAGUCGUGGCUGGCUCGCAGACGGGCGUAUAUGCGGGCUCGAUGACAGACGACUACGCGCACAUUUCUGCGGGCGACGAAUUCGACCUGGCGCAGAACUCGGCCUCGGGCAUCUCCCGGGCAAUGCUUGCCAACCGAGUGUCCUGGUUCUUUGAUCUCCACGGGCCAAGUAUAACGCUCGACACGGCAUGCUCGUCAAGUCUCUACGCGCUGCACCUGGCGUGUCAGUCACUUUGGCUUAACGAGACGAAGCAGGCGUUGGUGUGCGGCGCUAACCUCGUCUUGUCGCCCAACUACGUGGCGCAGCUCUCGGCCAUGCACAUGGUCGGGCCAGACGGCGUUAGCCACUCUUUCGAUGCCCGUGCCAACGGCUACGCCCGCGGCGAGGCGGUUGGGGCGGUAGUGAUCAAGACGCUCAGCCAAGCCGUGGCCGAUGGCGAUACUGUGCGGGCGGUAAUUCGUGGAACCGGAGUGAACCAGGACGGCAGGACGGCCGGUAUCACGGUACCCAGCGGCCGCGCGCAGGAGGCCCUGAUCCGCCAGACCUACGCCCUCGCCAACCUGCCGCUUGAUGGCACCAGCUACUUUGAGGCUCACGGCACCGGCACUCGGGCUGGCGAUCCCGUCGAGCUCGGGGCUCUGCAUGCGACGUUUGGUGCCGCCAAAGGCCGUGACGCGCCGCUUCUGGUCGGCAGUGUGAAAACCAACAUCGGCCACACCGAGGGAGCCGCCGGUAUCGCCGGCAUCAUCAAGGCCGUUCUUGCCCUUGAACGUGCCCAGAUCCCGCCGAUCGCCGGCUUCGACACCCUCAACCCUAGCUUGCGGCAUCUGGUUGAAGAUGGAGCCAUUGUCCUUCCGCGGCACAUGCAGCCGUGGCCGGGCUCUUCUGUACGGCGUGCCAGCGUCAACUCGUUCGGCUUUGGAGGCGCCAACGCCCACGCCAUCCUUGAUGACGCCUUGCACUUCCUUGCUAAUCGCGGGCUUCCACCUCUCCAUGCCACUGUCGGUGACGAAAUCGCCGCAACCGAGUGGGACCUGCACCCGGCCGACGACCAUAAGCUGUUCGUCUUCUCUACCCACGACAGGUCUGGUAUCCAUCGCCUGACUGCUGCAUAUGCCGAAUUUCUGCGUCAGGAGCCUGCCGUGACGGCGGAUGACCUGGCCUACACUCUCGGAUCCCGGAGAUCACGCUUCGACUUCCGCACCCAUGUUGUUGCCCCCUCGCUCGCUGGCCUGGCCGCUUCUCUCGAAGAGCCGCUCCUGUCCGCAGUCCACGCUUCGCGUAACGACAAUGUCAUAUUCAUAUUCACUGGCCAGGGCGCCCAAUGGCCGGGAAUGGGGCGCGAGCUGCUGCGAAACCGUGUCUUCUCUGCAAGCAUCGCUCGCAGCCAGGCUAUCCUAUCUGACCUGGGGGCCGACUGGAAAGUGAUUGAUUUCCUCGACAACCCGGAAAACACACGGAUUAACGAGCCGUGCUUCUGUCAACCAGUCUGCUCCAUUUUGCAGUUUGCCUUGACCGACCUGCUUCGUCAUUGGGAUAUCAGGCCCAAGGCCACCGUCGGCCAUUCCAGCGGCGAGCUCGCCUCGGCUUAUGCGGCCAGAUUGGUCCGCUUCGAGGAUGCUGUGCGCAUCGCCUAUUAUCGCGGUGUCUACUGCGAAGCAGCCAGGCACCGACUCGGCUCCCGCCGUGGUACCAUGUUGGCCGCCUCCUUGUCGGAAGCUGACGCACACGAGUAUUUGAAGCUUGUUCCAAAAGAUUCUGCAUGGAUCGGCUGCAUCAAUAGUGCUUCGAGCGUGACGCUAUCUGGAGAUGUCGAAUCUAUUGACCGUCUCAAUGCCAUACUUAAAGAUCGCGGCAAGUUUGCUAGGAAGCUCCGAGUCCAGCUCGCCUACCACUCGCCACACAUGCAGGCUGUCGCCGAAGACUUUAUGAAGGCGAUUGGGGAUAUCAAGCCCUGCCCUCCCUCUGACGUCCUCAUGUUCAGCUCUGUUACCGGGGAGCUUGUCGAAUGCCCCGAGUCAGUGGACGCCGUCUUUUGGACUAACAACAUGCUCGCUUCGGUCAAGUUUAAUUCUGCCGUCAGCAAGCUACUCCGCCAUCGAAUCCACGGUCGUCGAAACGAACCGAUUCGCUGGACUGCAGCCGUCGAGGUCGGUCCACAAGCAGCCCUCAAGGGCCCCUUCAAGCAGAUCGCAACAGCUUGGAGCGAAAAGGCUUCCAAGGACAUACUAUACACCAGCGUUCUGAGUCGCGGCGAGCACUGCAUUAAUACUGCCAAAGGUGCGGCCGGCCUUCUGUGGGCCGUCGGACACCCGGUCAAUCUGGCUACGGUGAAUGAUGAGGACCACAAAGUCAACCUCAAGGUCGUGGCUACACUACCUCCAUAUACGUGGAACCAUGACAAGGGUUUCUGGCACGAGCCAUCCGCCGCACGGGCGGCGCGACUGCGAACAUGGCCUCGAACCGAUUUGCUAGGCGUGCCGAUGCCCGGUCAGAACCCAAUGGAACCAACGUGGCGCAACUUCUUAUCCAGCGCAGAGUCCCCUUGGCUCAAUGAACACGUCAUUACCGGCACUACAUUAUUCCCUGCAGCCGGCAUGCUUACCAUGGCAAUCGAGGCCGCAUUUCAGAUAGCUUCGACAGAGAGGGCGCUGUCUGCUAUCCGGUUUCAUAACGUUCAUCUCAACAAAGGGCUUGUUAUCCCGGCCGGAGACCAAGCUGUCGAGGUGUUUCUAAGCAUCAAACAGCACGAGACGUUAGAUGGCUGGUUUUACUUUAAGGUCCUCUCUCUGCGACCAGACGGCUCUUGGGACAAGCACUCGACGGGAGAGUUCGAUAUCAUGUACAAGAACGGCGAUACUUAUGCCGCGCCAAGUCCGGAAUGGGCGACGCACCAGGCAACCUUUCACGAAAUCACUGCGCAGGCAACCGAGAUUGAUACUUAUGCCCUUUAUGACCAGCUUCAGAGUGUCGGCAUUCAGUAUGGUCCGUUGUUCAGAAACGUUGUCAGCGCCGCAGGCUUAUCGGGCAAGCACAAGGGAGUCGCCACCAUCUCUGUCCCUAACACAAAGUCGUCAAUGCCUCACGCUCACGAGUACCCUCAUUUGAUCCACCCCGCAACCCUAGAUGCCAUUUUCCAUCUGGUUUACGUGGCGAUGAACGAUGGGCAGCCGAUCAAGGAAGCAGCUAUUCCACAGAGCAUCGGGGAGCUCUUCAUCUCGGCUGAUCUGCCCCAGAGGAACAACGGAAGAUUCACCGGCUACUCGCACGUGGUCUCAACAGGUGCUCGCGGAUUUCUCGGCAGCAUCUUCGUCUCUGAUGAGCACUGGCAGGAGCCCAAGGUCAUUGUUCGAAACAUGGUCAUGACCAAGGUCUCCUCCAGUGCUCCAGGGGAAGCUCGGCCAUCUAUUAUAUGUCCGAAACGUGUUGCGCAGCUUGUCUGGAAAGAAGAUGUUGAACAUCUUAUAGGGAGUCCAGCGGAGACCCUGAUGGCAGCAAGAUCGAUAGAAUACCGGGGGCUCGAGUCCAGCAGGGCCGCUGCCGAGCUGAGUGUCUGGUUAGACCGCCUUUGUCACAAGUACGCCGAUCUCAGAGUACUUUUACUGUUACAAGGUCCGGCUGUCCAUAGCGACUUUGUUGGCUUACUUGCCCGAUUUGCGCCAAAGACUGGCCAUCGAGGUCGCUUCAGGUUUUGUUCUGUCAUCAGCGCCUCCGAAGAGUCCAUCUGCCAGCUGGGUGAUGAACUCGUAGGGGCCGAUGUUGAGGUUCAAUGCCAAGUUGUUGACACAGCAACCGUCCCACACUUUGGGCAGGGUGAUAACCAAUCCCCAUUUGAUCUUAUCUUGGCGUCAUCGGACAUCGUCCUGAGCCGCGAUUCACUCCGCUUUGCCGAGGAUCCGCCCCAUCUCUUCAAACAACUACUAGCUCCCGGGGGAUAUUUGACCAUUAUCGGUCACUGCAGCCCACCAAGCGAGAUGGGUUACUGGAAGCACCUACUUACCGAUAAUGGCUUCAACUGUCUUAUCGCGGCCAUCGAUUAUACCGAUUCAAUGCUUCUGAUCACCUCCAUUCCUGAUGAAGCUGGUACAGAGGAGCUUGUAUCAGAUGUGGUUCUUCUUGAACACUCGGAUCCUUCAAAGCCAGCAAAGCUGCUGGCGGCCCAACUCUCGGAACAGCUGGUCGCUAUUGGCAUCAGAGUCAGCUCCUCCUCUAUCUCACACGUCGGAGACCUGGGUUACAAGACUGUUAUCUCACUUCUUGAGGUAGAGGAGCCAUUCGUCAUCUCAUGGAACGCGCAAGAGUUUGAGUCGUUCCAGAAGCUUGUUUCCUCCGCACGCUACCUUCUCUGGGUCACGGCAGGCGGCCUCUUGACUGGGGAUGAAUUCUCUUUGAGGUUUUCUCCUACGACUGGUCUUCUACGAAGCCUACGGGUCGAGAAGCCACACAUUUCUCUUCCGCAUCUCGACCUAUCUCCGGACAUUGUUCUCGACAGUAGUAAGGCAGCUUCACUUGUAACUGCAGUUUUCAAGUCCACACUCCAAGCACGAGUAAAUGAAAGAGCCGCUGAGACAGAGUACACCACGUCCAACGGUCUUCUUUUCGUCCCCCGUGUCGUUUCAGAAGAUGCUCUCGAUCAAGAAUUGGAGCUCCAUUCACCCAACGCCAGGAGUGUGCAGGGCCGCUUGCAUGAUGGCUGUCGCCGUAAGCUCAUAGCAUCUGUUUCCAAUAAUAUCGAAAGUCUUCGUUGGGUAGAAGAUGAACAUUCAAUACAAGAGUUGCAAGAUUACGAGGUUGAAGUGCGCGUCAGCCAUGUCCUGCUCGACUUUGUCAACAGUCCAGAUUCUUCAGAUGGAGAGACACCGACGUUCGGUCGUCAAGCAGUCGGAUUCAUCACAGAUCUAGGUUCUGUGGAUCAGAGCCUGAAGAUCGGGCAGAGAGUCUUCACCAUUGUUCCGAACGCGUUAAAGACGCACGUUCGUCAAAUUCGCUCCCUCAUCCAGCCUGUUCCCGCCUUCUUGUCUUCGGAUGUUGCCUUAUGCCUCACCUCAACCUUUGCAACUGCUUGGCAUGCCCUUCACACUGCUGGAAGUUUCGCCAAAGGUAACUAUGUACUUGUUGAUGCAGCUGCACAUAGUUUUGGCCAGGCAGUCAUCCAGCUCGUUGAGAUGUUCGGGGGCCACGUCAUUGUUUCAGUCAGCUCGGAAGCUGAGAAGCGAGCGUUGAUGGACAACUACAACAUUCCCGAGGCCAGAUUUCUGGGCACCCCCGGCUCAUUUACAGCACAAGAUCUGGCAACCCUAACCGAUGGGAGGGGCGUAGACAUUAUCAUCGGAUCCAGCUCUGGUGUUGCACUCAGACACCUUUCGGCUUGCCUUGGGGAGGGCGGCCACUUUGUUAACGUUUACCGUACGGCUACAUCGACAGAUCUCGACCCCGAUUUCUUCACGAGAAAUGCCAGUUUCUCUUCAAUCAAUGUUGAUACUCUUGCUCGGCACAAAGCUUUCGACACCGUUGCAAAGAUUUUCCAGCUCACGCAUACCAAUAUGAUUGCUAGACACCACUCUAUGAAAACGUACUCGGUUGCAGAAAUCGACAAGGCUUUGGCUGCAGUUCGAUCAGAUAAGAACGAAUGCUCUAUUGUUGUUUCGUUCGAUGAGGGUGUUAUCGUACCUCUCAUGCCAACUCUGCCACCAAAGCUCAUGCUGAGUUCGGACGCCAGUUACGUCUUGUCUGGUGGACUUGGAGCACUUGGACUCGGCAUUGCUGGCAGUUUGAUUACCCGAGGCGUUCGCCAUCUAAUAUUCCUAUCCCGUUCUGGGCCUUCAACUGUGAAGCAGAAAGCCGCCAUCAGAGACUUCAAAGAGCGCGGAUGCUCUGUCCAUACGAUACAAUGUGAUGUUACAGAUGAGGUUCAAGUGAAGCUUGCAGCCCAGUCCUGCGAGUUGAGCGGCUGGAAGGUCAAAGGUAUCAUCCAGUGUGCCAUGGUGCUACAGGACUCUGUAUUUGAGAACAUGGAUUAUCAAAGGUGGUGUGCCACAAUCAACCCUAAGGUUAAGGGCACCUGGAACCUUCAUUGUCUGUUCCCUCGAGAGCUAGACUUCUUCGUCAUUCUUUCUUCCAUGUCCGGUGUGAUCGGAAACGCUGGCCAAGCAAACUACUCGGCUGGAAACACAUACGAAGACUCGGUAGCCCACUACCGACGAAACAUUGGACUUGCUGCCACAUCCCUCGACGUCGGUCUUGUGACCGACGCUAGCCACUUUGGCAAAGGCUCCACCUUCAAUUUAACUUCCGAGGAGUAUCUGAAUAAGUACAAACACUGGACCUCAGCCCAGGUCACGAGUCGAGAGCUUGAGAUUGUGCUUGCAGCGGCCAUUCGGGCAACGUCUCUUACUAACGGCAAACCUUUCGCACCGCAGCUACUCGUAGGUAUUACGGACGGCAUUCAGCGCGUUCAAGAGCCGGGAUGGCCUCGGGAUCGCAAGUUCGAUCAUCGCGUUAGCCAGAAUGUUACAACAGACUCUCGAAGCGUACGAGAAGCUUCCACCGGUCAGAAAAUGCGGUCUGCGAAGACAGUCAACGAGGCUGCACAGGCUGCUGAGGAAGCGAUCAGAACAUACAUCGCAGCUUCGAUCACGGCGCAACCCGAUGACAUUGAUGUCGGCAAGGCUCUUUUCACGUUUGGUGUUGAUUCGCUUAAAGCGAUAGAAGUCCGCAACUGGAUAUUUGCAGAGCUCCAGGCGGAUGUCUCCGUCUUUGAUGUGUUAAGCCAAACGCCGAUCAGCGACAUGGCCUUUUUGGUUGCUGGUAGAUCUUCCCUCGUUUCAGACGAGAUAAAAAGAGAUAUUGUUUAG